CAAGAACAAAAGACGCUUAAAACUGAAAAGCAAGCAUUUCACUUUGAGAUUAACGGACAGUGGCAGACUGAGAAACACUGAGAGAGAUAAUCACAGGAGGGAAAGGACUGGCAAAGAGGAAGUAGUUAAUGUCUAAGGGAUUGAAUGGCUCAUGGAUGGGGUCUGUCUCUGUCCCGUCCUCCAUCCCUCCUGCCUUCCGCUCUCACCUUUCUUCAUCCGCUGAUCUUAGCAUAGCAAUCUUCCUCAUCAUCACAGGUGUGGUGUCUGUGGUUGGGAAUGGCCUGGUGCUGUUGGUAUACGGUCAGAGGAGAAAGAAGCUCAGAGCGCACGAGCUCAUGACCAUCAAUCUGGCUGUGUGUGAUUUCGGCUACAGCCUGCUGGGAGCGCCAUGUCUCAUCAUCUCGAGUCUGUCCCAUGCAUGGAUUUUUGGUGAAACAGGAUGUUUGUGGUAUGGGUUUCAGGGCUUUGUUUUUGGCAUUGGAUCCCUCAUCACCACCUGCCUUAUCUCCCUUGACCGCUGCUUCAAGAUCUGUAGCUUUCAAUAUGGUCAGUGGAUUGAGAAAAGACAUGCCUCUCUGUCUAUUGCUCUGGUGUGGAUCUAUACAAUGUUCUGGGCCUCACUUCCUGCAUUUGGCUUUGGUAGUUAUGGACCUGAACCGUUUGGGACCAGCUGUACCAUAAACUGGUGGAGAAUGAAGUCUUCUCUGAAUGACAGAGUCUAUAUUUUUGUUAUCCUGACACUCUGCUUUGGAAUACCAACCUUCACCAUCAUUGCCUCAUACUUUGCUAUCCUCGUCACGGUGUAUCGGUCUGGUCGUGUAUUGGCCUCAAUUCCUUCAUCAAAUGUCACUCACAGCAGCAAAGAUCUCCGGCUGACAAAGACAGCAGCAGUGGUGUGUUCCUCAUUUCUGAUUGCCUGGACUCCCUAUGCGAUUGUUUCACUUUACUCCGCUCUAACUGCUCGAGAGGAGCACCCUGGAGAUGAUGGAGGAACGCCUCUCUUGGCCGGAAUGUCCGGAACUGGGAUCGGGCAUGGUGGAGGGUUCUCUGAUGUCUUUGGUUUUCCCUUCCUAAUCAACUGGACCUCUCCAGAACACUUUCCAGAUGCUUUUGGUUCCUGGAGGAAUAUGACAUCAGAUCAUCUUCAUUCUCAUUCAGUAGGGAAUGCACCCAGUUCAGCUGUGGGUUCAAUGCAUGGAGGAGUGGAAGGACAUAUGUCACAUCCUGUAUCCAGCCUGAGGCCAGAGGUCACACUGAUACCUGCCAUUUUUGCCAAGUCACACUGCAUGAUAAACCCCUUCAUCUAUCAGAUCAUGAACCGCGACUUCAGAGAGGAUGUCUAUGAUCUGCUGUGCUUUAGAGGGAAAGAUGGAGAGAGGAGGAGAGGAAGGAGCAGAGAGGGGAGUGAUUCUGAUGGGUAUCGUGGGAGCAUCAGUCUUUCUUAUAUUCACAGCUGGAGAAGGAGAAGCACACCUACAAGUCAGCCGUCUGGGGAGUGUGUGAAAAAAGAGUCUUCACGAAAGAGUAGAGGGAAGAGAGGGUCCGGUCAGGGCAAUGCAUCAGCCGGGUGGGCAUCACUGGAUACUGCAACCUUAGAUACGCAGGCCAACUUAGAAAGAGAGAAAGGGAAGGAAGGGGAGAAAGAGACAAAGAAAGAAUUUGGAGGAUCCACUUCUAGCAGCUUGGUGACAUGUGAGGACUGAUGCUGAGUCAUGUCUACUAUACCAAACAAAUGCAGUUUUACAGAGAAAUGCCAUGUACUUCUUAAAGGGAUAGUUCACUCAAAAAUGAAAAAUCUGUUAUCAUUAACUCAACCUCAUGUUGUUCCAUACUCACAUGAUGUUUUUUUUUUUCUUCCUUGGAACAGAAAAGGAGAAGUUAAGCAGAAUGUUAGCUUCAGUCACCAUUCACUUUUAUUGUUUGUAAAAAGAUGCAAUAACAGUGAAUGGUGACUGAGAUUAACAUUCUGAAUUACAUUUCCCAUUAUUGUCCACAGAGGGGGAAAAAAGUCAUACAGGUCUGGAAUGACAAGAGGGUGUGUUUUUUUUUUGUUUUUGUUUUUUUGUUUUUUUGGGUGAAUAAUCUCUUUAAUGCAAUUAGUUAACUAAAAGUAUCUAUUAUGUUUGUAGUUAAAAUACAGUGUGAAGUAAAAUGUUCUUUUCCAUAAGUGUUGUUCAGUAUGCAAUGUUACACACAAUUUAAAAAAUAAUUUUGCAUCCACGCAAUCUUUAUGCUCUCAUAGGUACUUAAUGUUUAUUUGUUUUCUUAUUUGUUUUGUCCUAUGUAUGUUUAUUAUUGAAUCCCAUGUAUUUAUUAAUUAAUGUCUUGUGUGUUAUUAUAUUUUAUGAAACAGU